GGUAACUCACGCAUGCGUACUGUUCCACGGCUGUCAUCCUCCUCAAGCAAAGGUGUUGCUGACAGGGCAGAGACAUGGAUAGCAGUGAGGGUCCCGCCCAGAGGCCAGUGACGCUGGACAUCAGCGAUGUGGCCGAGCCUGACAAGCCACAGGACACCGUAUCUGUCUUGACGGACACCGUGUCUGUCUUGACGGACACCUGCACGUCGUCCACCGCUCCGACCUCCGAAGUCCUCUUCCCGGAGGAGAGCAUUGACCUGGGCGGGGACGCGGAGCCCUUCACCUCUCCCCAGGACGACAGCCUGGCGUCAGGUAGCCUGAUGGACAGGCUGAACGAUCAGAUGAUGGAGAGCGUCAUGAUCUCGGACUCUCCCAACAACAGCGAGGAGGACGACGUGGCUCCCAUGGACUCUUUGCUGGAGCAGUUUGAGGACAGCCGCACGCCGGAAUCACCCAAAGACCUCGACGACGGCGUGGGAGAGCCGAAGACGCCGUCUGAAGCUUUAGAAGAGCAGAGCACCACUGAAAUCCAGAUGGAGUCUCCUUCUCAGGACACUUUGUUGGCAGCUGCGGCGGAGAACCAAGUAGAAGAAGAAAAGACGGAACUGAAGACAAUGGAGGAGGAACCGCAGGACGGUGAAAAGGAGAGCGCUGCGUCCCUGCAGACACCAGAAGAGCCGCCGAGCUCUGUUAGUUCAGAUGGAGGGGCGACAGAAGCAGACCUCCAAGUCACCGGCUCGACGCCCAAGGAGGAUCCCAUCCCAGUGUGCACCAUCUUCAGCCAGGGAGCGCCGCCCAAGUCUCUGGUCCCCGACGGCUUCCAGCCCACCAUGGUGAAAUCGCCCAGUUUCAGCAGUGGCAGUGGCAGCGGCAGCGGGAGCGCCGAGACGCCCAGCAAGCUGGCUCCUCUCGUAUGCCAGCCCAGUCCCAGCCUCAGCAAGUUCUUCUCGGACAACGGCGGCGUCAACCCGUCCUCUGACUUCUUCGAUUCCUUCACCACCUCCUCCUCCUUCAUCUCUGUCAGCAACCCCAACGCUGCCGAGUCUCCCAAAGUGACUCCCACCCCCGAGCGCCAGAUCUCCACGGGGUCUUCCACGGGCCCCUCCUCGCUGCCCAUGGUGGCCCCUCAGGAGAGCUCCUCGCCCGGCUCCUUUUUCUCCGCUCCUCCCCCCUCCUCCUCCUCCAUGGUGGAUAUUCCCUCUAAGCACCCACAGCCAGGCCCAGCUGAAGCCACCCCGCCGUUCUCCAAGCUGCAGGCCGUGUUCUCGGGCAGCGAUGACCCCUUUGCCACGGCACUGUGCAUGAGCGAGGUGGACCGUCGCCAUGACGCCUGGCUGUCCUCGGAGGAGACCAGGAAGCUGCUCAUCUCUGUGGCGACGCAGCAGUUUAACCCUGCGUGCGUGGAAAGGGAUCGCCUGUCCAUGCCAGGACUGAAAUUCGACAACUUACAGGGUGACGCGGUGAAGGACCUCAUGGUGCGUUUCCUAGGCGACCAGGCGGCAACGAAGCGGCAGGUUCUGACGGCCAGUUCCGUAGAGCAGUCCUUCCUGGGCCUGAAACAGCUCAUUAACACCAGGAACUGGAGGGCAGCGGUGGACCUGACGGGUCGUCUGCUGACGGCUCACGGACAAGGCUACGGGAAGAGCGGCCAGCCCACCAGCCACACCACCGACUCCCUGCAGCUGUGGUUUGUGCGCCUGGCCCUGCUCACCAAGCUCAGCCUCUUCCAGAACGCAGAGUUGGAGAUGGAGCCCUUUGGCAACCUGGACCAGCCAGACCUCUACUACGAGUACUACCCCUCUAUAUACCCGGGCAGACGUGGUUCGAUGGUUCCCUUCUCCAUGCGUGUCCUCCACGCAGACCUGCCCCAGUACCUGGGCAAGCCCCAGGAGUCCCUGGACCGCCUACACCGCAUGAGGACUGUCUGUCAGAGGAUCCUGGAUAAUUUAGAGGAAGGCCUUGCAGAAGAUGGGAGCAUGAUGAGCCUUACCCAGGAGAACAGGCAAGCCUCUAUUCAGUUGUGGAGGUCACGUCUGUCCCGGGUGAUGUACUCCAUGGCAAACUGUCUGCUAAUGAUGAAGGACUAUGUGUUGGCGGUGGAGACGUACCACUCCAUCAUCAGCUAUGAGCCGGAGCAGCGGGUGCAGCUGCUGAGCGGCAUUGGCCGCAUCUUCCUGCAGAUUGGGGACAUCAAGACUGCGGAGAAGUACUUCCAGGAGGUGGAGAGCGCCUGCCAGGCGAAGGCAGGGGGACAGAUGCAGGAGACUGCAGUGCUGAUGAAUAGGGCGUUUGUGUUCCUCAGUCAGAAUAACUACUCCGAGGCCCACACGUGCUUUUCUGGUGUCCUGAAGAUGGAUCCCAAGAACCCUGUGGCGAACAACAACGCGGCCGUGUGUCUGCUGUACCUGGGCCGGCUGAAGGAGUCGCUGCGUCAGCUGGAGAGCCUGGUGCAGCAGGACCCGGCGCUCUACCUGCACGAGAGCGUGCUCUUCAACCUCACCACCAUGUACGAGCUGGAGUCCUCGCGCAGCACCCAGAAGAAGCAGGCCCUGCUGGAGGCGGUGGCCGGCCGCGAGGGGGACAGCUUCAACACCCAGUGUCUUAAGCUGGUGUAGAGGAUGGGGAUGGAGAUGCAGGCCAGGGGAAGAACAUACAUGAUUUAUGGGGGAUAAGGGGCAGGUUGUGAGGGGGACAGAGUCGACACUCAGUGUCUUAAACUGGUGUAGAGGAUGUGGAUGGGCGGACAGGCAGACCAGGGGGAGCAUAGACAUGUAUACAUUUAUGGGGGGCUAAGGGGCAAGUUGUAAGGGGGACAGCUUCAACACCCAGUGUCUCAAACUGGUGUAGAGGAUGGGGAUGGGGGGGACAGGGGGAGCAGACAUUUACAGUAUACAUUGAUUGGGGCUAAGGGGCAGGUUGAGGGAGACCACUUCAACAUCCAGUGUCUCCAGCUGACCUCGUUUUCGGGGAUGAAUGGGGCAGGACUAAGGGGCAAGUUUUGAGGGUGACACCUUCAAUCAUAGACAUGUGUAAUAUAUGUAAAAUAUGUCUAUGGCUUCAAACACCUGGUGUCAUCAAGCUGGUUUAGU